AUGUUUUCUGUCUCUGUACCGCCCAUCUCCGUGGGCUCCAACGUAUUCUUCGCAAUCGCCCUAUUCUUGAUCUCCGCUCUUGUGCUACUUCUCCUGCGACGAUUCCUGACCUUGCGCGCCACCCCGGGCUAUUUAAUCGUCCCUAUAUUCUUGGCAUUAGCCCUGCCCGCAAGUGUCGUGCUCCUCGUCCCCAUUGAUCUAGCGUCGAGUUCGCGAGAUGGCUCCGGCCCCAAGGCAAUUUGGUUACCAGAGCGAAUGGUCCUCGUGUGCUGGCGUAUCGCAUACUGGUUGAUCUUCGUCCUGACCUGGGCUAUCCUGCCAUUGCUCGGCGAAUAUGUCGACUCCGGUUACCGUGACCCGAAAGGUCGCCUUAUGUACUCCCUCCGCUCGAACGCUCAAUACCAGCUGAUUUGUCUGGCCUGUGCCAUCGUGGGAUUGGUCUAUGUCUCUAUCUCGAACGGAUUCGAGUUCACCUCCAUCAAGGGUCUGAUCAUGGCCUUGGCAUAUGUAUGGGGUCUGGUACUUGCCAUCUAUCUCAUGGGCCACGGUCUGGUUUCUAUCCCGCGCAAUCUUCUCCGCAACUCCAACGUCAGCGGUCGACUGCGAAGGAUCCAGGCCCAUGCGCCUAAAAUCCACGACCGCUUGAUGGAUUCGGUGAACGAGCUGGAAAAUCUCAACGGCCAGGUCACUUUGUUGCAACGCCGCAAGACUGGGACUGCUCGUGAUUUCCAGGAGUGGAUCGAAGAACUCAGGGAAGGCCAUGGUCAGCCAGACGUGCGGGCACCAAUCCUGGAGGCCCCCGAAAGCUCUGCUACGAUUCCUUCCGUUAUCACCGAACGCUAUUUGGCCGACCUCACCCGACGACUCCAGCGUGCGCGGCAUAUGAAGGCUCGGUUUGUAGAUGAGUGGGAUCGCACGGUCCAACUCUCUGCCGAUCUCCAAGCCAUCAUCGACUCUGCCGCCUCAAAGAAGCUCGAGUUCCCUCCUGCUCCGCGUCGGUCUUCAUUGAUGCCUCGCGUAAAGGUCCUCACGCCUUACAUGCGGUACCAAGUUUACUCCAACGUCAUCCCCUCGGUUCGAUUGGCAUUCGGCGCGUUUUUCGCACUCGUAUCGGCUUGUAUCGUUUGGUCUGAAUUAAUCAAAUCCCUAGCACCACACCUUUCUGCUGUGAGUUUGACGGUGGUUCCCAAUUGGAAGAACCAGCCCGUUGGCUUUGGGGGUCAGUUCGUCGCCUCUGCCUGGCUACUAUACAUGUGUUCGGCGGCUAUGGUUGGCAUCAGUGAUGUCAAGGUAUGGGGCAACCGAGCACUGGUCCGCCGCAACACUUACGGCGAAAGUGCUUGCUGGUAUGCUGGUCUUGUGGCUCGAUUGACGGUCCCAAUUGCGUACAACUUCUUGACUUUCUUGCCCAAGGAGUUCCGACGGACCACAACUUUCUACGAGUUCCUUGGUAAACUGAUCAACCUGACCCCCUUGGGCAAAGGCUUUGAUUUCAUCUUCCCCAUACUCAUCCUACUACCCAUCUGUGCGACCUUGUUCAACCUGUACGGGCGCAUCAAAAACAUCUUCGGAUGCGGACUCGCCGAGGAUGACGAUGUCCACGACGUUGAAAACAACCCCGCCGGCUAUGGUAUGGGUGGAUGGCGCGAGGGACGUGAUCUGAUUGAGCGCGAAUUGAAUGGUUUCGGCUCCUUGGCGGUGUCCUCCCGUGGCAGCCGCUCCACCUGGGCCUCAGAUCGCGACGACGAAGGUUCCCCCGGCUCGUCUCGACUACGCGUUCCAGUCGCGGAGGGAUCACGUUCUCCCCAGUCUAACCAGCGGGCAGUUUCUGCUCCAACGAUUGUAGAUGGCGAAGAAGAUGAAGAAGAGAACUUCUUCCAGUCGUUCGCCCAUCGGGUGAAAAACACAUUUGAAACCACCAACACUCCUCGGUGGUUCCAGGGUGAGCCCUUCCGGCUUCCUCGCUGGAUGUCGAAUGAGAACAAUACCACAGAGGAAGCUGGUGUGUUUAGUGGCCGGGCUGUGCCUGGUCGCCUGCGUCUUGGUUAG